UGUUUAGGAUAUCCCAAAAAUAAUCUGCGUCAGUGACGAUAUCACAAAUCUACUGAUCAAAAGAAGCUUUCCAUCGACGUGGUAAUUGUUGCACGUGUAGCAGGGAAAACAGAUGAGAAGGUCUAAGAAGAAAAGAUGGGUCUUACAAAACAGUAUCUGCGCUAUGUACAGGAUGCAGUAUUUGGUCUGGUAGCUAGUCAGAAAUCUAAUGUUGUGUACAUGGAACUAAAGGGCAUGAGGGGACGCCACUGUGCUGUAGGUGUGUGUGAAGAUGUAAUUAUUUGGGAUGUGCGCACAGGGGAAAAGUACAUGACACUUAAGGGAGAUAAACAUGAAGUGACAAAGAUUGCCCGUUCCCCGGACCGACGUCACAUGGCAGUUGGAUACAAUGAUGGCAUGGUUCGUAUAUUUGACAUCCCAUCAGGGGAGGCUACCAUAAAUUUCAGUGGCCACAAGUCGACUGUGACAGCUUUACAGUAUGAUGCUAAAGGACUUCAUCUGGUAUCAGGGGCAAAGGAUACAGAUGUAAUUGUGUGGGACAUUGUCAGCGAGAGUGGUCUAUACAGGCUCAAGGGUCACAAGGGGAUGGUAACCCAGGCCAGAUUUCUUCAACAAAACAACGUGCUGAUCACCAGUUCAAAGGACACAUUUGUGAAGUUUUGGGACUUAGACACCCAGCACUGCUUUCACACAUUGGUUGGGCAUCGGACAGAGAUAUACGACUUUGUGAUAAUGCGUGACGGCCACAGGAUUGUAACAGGAUCAGGGGACAGUGAGCUACGUGUAUGGGAUAUCAACUACAUCACAGAAGAGGCAGGAAAACAGCAUGAUGCUGAACCUGAGACCAAACGGAGAAGGCUUCAGACAGGAGAUGGUGUCGCCUCUGAUGGAGAAGAUGAAGCAGAAGACUCUGAUGACAUGACGAUCCUCCGAUGUUCCAAAGUUGGCUCCAUCAUGAGACAAGGGCGUGAUCGUGUGGUUUCUAUGACAACUGAUGGGUCAAAUCAAGUUCUUGUCUGUCAUGGUAAUGAUACUUCAGUGGAGGUAUUCAAGCUUCCGACAGAGCAUGAACUGAGUAAGCGGCAAAUUAAACGACAGAAGAAACUCAACAAAAAGUCCAAGACUGAUGGAGGGGAGGGAGAGACCAAGACAGCACAACUCACACUCGACGAUGAAAUACAGAAGGUUACGAGUAUCAAGAUGUCCUCAAAGAUAGCUUCAGUGGACGUGGUGAUGGAGGAGGGGUCACAGGCCAAAAUGGUGGCCAUGCUGAACAACAACUCACUCCAGACAUGUUCAUGUAACAUAGAUGUGAAGAAGUGUACAGCAGAGAAUGAGAAGAGUCUGGCCCUGCUAGGUCAUCGUACAGAUGUGAGGACAGUCAGUUUCAGUUCAGACAAUACUGCUAUCCUCUCCGCGAGUGGUGAGGCAGCCAAGAUCUGGAACAGGUCAACAUUACAGUGUAUCCGGACCAUGCCAUGUAGUUACGCUUUGUGUUCAACCUUUGCCCCCGGUGAUCGACACAUCAUUGUGGGCACCAAGAGUGGAAAACUACAGAUAUUUGACAUCGCCAGUGGAUCUCUACUGGAGAGUAUAGACGCCCACAGUAAGGAGGUGUGGUCAUUAGCCAUGACCCCAGAUAAGAGAGGAAUUGUGUCGGGGAGUGCCGAUCAGCAAGUCAAGUUCUGGAAUUUUGAGCUUGUUAGUGACAAGGAUGAAUCUAGUUCAAGUAAGCGCUUAAGUCUGGAACAUUCACGUACAUUACGCAUGGAUGAGGACAUUCUAGCUGUUCAGUGCAGCUCCGACAAUAGACUGAUAGCAGUGUCUUUGUUAGACAAUACAGUCAAGGUCUUUUUUACCGACACACUCAAGUUUUUCCUGUCCCUGUACGGACACAAGCUGCCUGUCCUCUGCCUUGAUAUCUCCACAGAUUCCACACUGCUGGUGACAGGCUCAGCUGACAGAAAUGCCAAGAUCUGGGGACUUGAUUUUGGGGACUGUCAUAAAUCUAUCUUUGCUCAUGAUGACAGCAUUAUGUGUAUAAAGUUUAUACCACGGACACACCUGUUCUUUACCGGGGGUAAAGACGGCACCAUCAAACAGUGGGACGCAGACAACUUUGAGAGCAUUAUUACCCUGCAGGGACACCAUGCAGAGGUCUGGUGUAUGACCACUAGCCCCAGUGGUAACUUUCUGGUGACAGGUUCCCAUGACAAGUCACUACGCCUGUGGGAGAAGACACGGGAGCCACUCGUACUGGAGGACCAAAGGGAAAUGGAACGAGAGAAGGAAUAUGAGGAGAGCGUGGGACAGACUGGGGAGCCUGUGGAACUGACUGUGAUAAAAGAUCCACCAUGUUUAUAUAUCUUGGUAUUACAGGCAGAGCGUCUGAUGGAGGCACUGGAGCUGUAUAAAGAAGAAACAGAAAAACUGCAGCAACACAUUGUGGAGUGUAAACGAGUGGGUAAACAGUUACCACCACCGCCCCUCCACCCGAUGUUGAUGGCCUUUUCUGUGGAUACCCCACUCAAAUACAUGCUGGAGGUGCUCAAAAAGAUCAGGUCAAGUGAGUUGGAGGAAAGUCUACUAGUGCUCCCAUUUAACUAUGUGAUAGACCUCAUACAGGUCACGGACAAGUUCCUGGACAGAGGAUGGUAUAUAGAGCUCACCUGUCGGGUCCUGUUCUUCUUACUCAGAGUACACCACGGCCAAGUGACAUCUAGUCCCAUCCUUAUGCCCAUCAUUGACAGACUUCGUGGCAGCACACAGACAAAGGUUCACCAGAUCAGAGACCGUAUUGGAUUUAACAUGAGUGGUCUCCAGUUCCUACAGCAACAUGUUGAUAAAUCCGGGGAGGUCAUGCUCUUCAUGGAUGCCACACAGAAACAAAAAACCAAGAAGAAGAAGCAGAAAGUAACUCUGUCUAUCAAAACCUGACAUAGACAUAACUAUUAGAUAAGAAUAAUAAGCUUUGAAGAUACUGCCCAAGGGGAAAUGGAAGGAAAGUCUACAGCUGUUCACAUCUAACAUGUCUUAACUGAACCAGAAUGGAGUUGGAGAGAUGUGAGAUUUAUUAAUAAAAAUAUUCAUUUUGAGGAAUUUCCAUUAGUCAUUUUCUGUUAUUUGUCCAUAACACAAUGGAGAUAGUAAAUCAUUCUGAACCUGU